CGACACUAGAGAGGGAUGAACACUUUAAGGAAAUGAAACUUAUGUGAGCAAAAAUAAAGAAAAAAGAGAAGAUACCACACACAUGUAGCUUUAAGAAAGGAGUACACACCUUCGAAAAGGUUUAACUGCUGACACAAUCACAAUGGCUACAGAUAUCUCCCUCCAACUUCAGUGCUGUAAAAACCUGGCUAAAGACUGCCUUGAGGCUCUUCAGCAGAUAGCCGACCUGAAUCUCUUCCAUAGUAAAAGUGCUGAGAUCCCUUGCAACAUAUGUGAGGAAAGCCAGACCUACAGAGCUGUGAAGUCCUGCUUGACCUGUUUACUCUCAUACUGUGAGCAUCAUCUGAAGCCGCAUCAGUCUAUGGAGAGGCUGAAGGGUCAUAAACUGGUAAAUCCAGUGGAGAGAUGGGAUGAGAGAGUGUGCAGUGUCCACUGCAGACCCCUGGAUCUCUACUCUACUCGAGACGAACGCUGCAUCUGUGCCUUAUGUGUGAAACCUGGUGUAAAUGUCAUACCUGUGGAGACAGAGAGAAAGACCAGAGAGGUCAACCGGCAAAAUACUGUUAAAAGGUUGGAAAGUAUGAUCAGUCAGAGAGAAAAGAAACUUGAGGACCUUCAAAACACAGUGUCAAAAAAUCAGGCUGAGAUAAACAGAGAUCAGACAGCGAUAAGGGAGGUGUUUUCUGCAGUGAUGGAUGCUGUGAGGAGAGCUGAGGAGGAGCUGCAUGCUCCUUUAGAGGAUGGAAGAAGGAGUCUGGAUGAGGAGAUGGAAGUGAAGGCGCAGCAAUUUCACAAGGACAUCCAAAAGUAUACAGAAAUCAUUGACCGUUUGAAUCAAACUAAGAAUGAAGAAGACGACAUCAUCUUUCUUCGGUCGAAUCCAUCUGUGCCUGCUGAAUUCAGAGAUGAUCUGAGAGUUUCUUUUGACACUGAACUAAACUUUGGCUCCAAGAGAAAAAUAACCACAUCUGUUUUGACUUCUAUUAGGACUCAGCUGGAGAAUCUUUGCUCUUUCGAAAUUAGAAGAAUUCAGAAGUUUUUAGUGGAUGUGACUCUGGAUGAAAAAACUGCACAUCCAGCUCUGGAAGUGUCUCAAGAUGGCAAAACUGUAAGAGGCAAAGCAAACGCUCAUGACAUCCCAGGUGCCCCCAAGCAAUCCGAUCUGGUUGAUGGAAUUCUGGGAAAUCUUCAGAUCAAGUCUGGAAAAGCAUUUUGGGUAGUGGAGGUGGGACAGCAAACAGGCUGGGAACUGGGUGUAGUGAAAGAAAAUGCAAACAGGACAGGAAAAGUCUUCUGCAAACCCAGUGAAGGUUAUUGGGUCAUUGUGUUCUGUGGUCCAAACACGUAUGGAGCUUUUGAAGAAAAACCCGUUCAGCUGCAUCUCUCCACCAAACCUAAGAAUGUGGGAGUGUUUGUCGACUAUGAGAGCGAUCUCAUCUCCUUCUAUAAUAUGAAUGAUCUGUCACACAUUUACACAUUCACUCAGUGUAGUUUCAAUGGAACGAUCCGUUCGUAUUUUAACCCUCACCCUAACAAAAAUGUAAAAAAUGCAGAUCCAAUGAUCGUUUCUUCUGUUAAUUCAACUGAUAUUAAUAUGUGACAGGUGUAACAAAUACAGUAAAUGCCUACAUGACAAUUACUAAUAUCAUGGAAUGUAGUAUAGUGUUUCAAAAUAUCAUGGUGAUUGGAGGACUUCUCGUGGGAUCAUAGUAAUAGAGGACAGAUUUGUAUGGAAUCAUAUUUUAAAGUGAUGAGUAACUAUUAGAAAUGUAUUCUAGCUUCCUCGCUUUAUAUAUAAAUCUAUUCAAAUUUGAAAUGACUUAUGUUAACACUCUAAAUUGCAUGGGUAUGAAAUGAGCUCUAUAAAUUCUUGGCUAAGAUUUAAGUAAUAUUAUUGGUUGGGUAAAAAUGUAAUGUUUAUUUUUUCUGAGGCUUGUU